AUGUCGAUCUUCAACGGCGUCGCACUGGUGACUGGGGCUGCUUCAGGUAUCGGCCGCGAGACAGCUUUAUCCUUUGCGCGGGAAGGAUGUAAGAGGAUUGUUAUAGUUGACCGUGAUUCCGACAAGCUCGAUGACACAGAGCUGGCCAUAAUAGAGACCUUCCAGGGUGUUCAAGUCCAUGCUGUUCCAACAGACAUCUCCAAAGAGGAAGACAUCGACAAACUCUACAGUGAAACUAUUUCAAGAUUUGGAAGGGUAGACUAUGUCGUCAAUGGCGCCGGCGUGUUGAGUAAUAACAAGAGGUCCCAUGAGUCUUCUGUUGAGGAAUUCGAUAUGAUAAACAAUGUCAACUACCGCGGAUGUUGGCUAUCCUCCCGCGCUGCCAUUCAGCGCAUGCUUAAGCAAGACCCUCUGCCUACUCAUGAUGGAAGACCUGGAGUCCGAGGAAGCAUUGUUAAUAUCGCCUCACAAUUGGGAGUGGUCGGUCGUCCAGCAGCACCGGCAUACUGCGGUAGUAAAGCAGCCGUGAUUAGCAUGACGAGAUGCGAUGCUAUCGAUUAUUCUAAAGAUCUCAUCCGUGUCAACGCCGUUUGUCCGGGCCUUAUUGAUACAGCUAUGACCCGACCUCAAGCUGAUGUCUUGAGUCCUGCAAUUAACAUCGCUCCAAUGGGUCGAAUGGGCAGCCCGCAAGAAGUGGCUGAUUGUAUAUUAUUUCUUGCCAGUAGUAAAGCAAGCUUUGUGCAGGGAGCUGCGAUGAUGGUUGACGGUGGAUAUGUCAUUAAUUAG